UUCAUUCAUUUCCAUAUUCAACAAAACCCUAAAAUCAUCCUCAACUUCAUCAAAUUCCUUUCCCUAGAUUUCAUAUAAAUCUUCAUCACCUUAUAUUAUAUCUUACCAUAUCUUAUAUUAUACUUUGGUCUAAAUAUAAUGGGUGUUAUGUGCACAUGGGAGAGUGAGAAGGUGGAGACGGAGGCCUUUUGCCGGAAAUUGGUGGCGGCCGCCGGAAAAGACGAUGAAGGAGGAAGAAACCACCACCUGGUUUCUUCUUAUUAUGAAGAUGGUGAUGAAAAAGGAACAUUGUUAUGUGUUACAAGUGGUGUUUCUUAUGUUGGACUUGCCUUGGUCAACCAUCUCUUGCAAUUGGGUUACUCUCUUCGGAUCACAGUGGAAAACCCAGAUGAUGGUAGUAGUUAAGAAUGGUUGGUUGAUUUGUGCAGAGGAGAUGGAGAAAGUGAAGGAAAUUGAGAAAAGUGCAGAGGGAAAGUUGGAAGCAAUAAUGGCAAAGCUAACUGACAUUGAUGGGUUGGAGAAAGCAUUUCAGGGCUGUCGUGGAGUUUUUCACACCUCUGCAUUCACAGAUCCUGCAGGUCUUUCUGGAUACACAAAAUCCAUGGCUGAGAUUGAAGUUAGAGUUGCUGAGAAUGUGAUGGAAGCAUGUGCAAGAACACCUUCAAUAAAGAGAUGUGUGUUCACUUCCUCACUAGCAGCUUGUGUGUGGCAAGACACUGCACAACCAGACCUCACCCCAGUUAUUAAUCAUGGCUCUUGGAGCAGUGAAUCAUUCUGCAUAGAAAAGAAGCUCUGGUAUGCACUGGGGAAGAUGAGAGCAGAAAAAGCUGCUUGGAGAAUAGCCAAUGAGAAGGGUUUGAAACUCACUACCAUUUGCCCUGCUCUAAUUACAGGUCCUCAAUUUUGUCACAGGAAUCCAACAGCAACAAUUGCUUACCUCAAAGGUGGUCAAGAAAUGUAUUCUCUUGGUCUGCUAGCAACUGUGGAUGUGACAAAACUGGCAGAAGCUCAUGCAAGUGUGUUGAAGGCAAUGAACAACAAUGCUUCUGGUAGAUACAUUUGCUUUGAUAAAGUAAUAGAUUCACAAAGUGGGGCAGAGAAUUUGGCCAAGGAGAUUGGAAUGCCUAAGGAAAAGAUAUGUGGAGAAGCAUCAAACAGUUCUGUACGAAGAUUUGAACUGUCUAAUGAGAAGUUAUGCAGACUCAUGUCAAGGCCACUCAGGUGUUACAGUGAAUAUCAGAUGAAAUAAUGUUAUGUUUUCUGGAAAAGUUGGUUUAUUUAUUUAUUUAUUUAUGGUUUGCCUUAGGCAUAAUUAGAUGAGAAAAAUAGAUGAGGCAUGUUAUAUAGUGUAUUCAGUGAUUAGUAAUGUUUGUAUUCAUUUAUGGUUUAAUUAUAAUAUAUAAUUCUAUUCAACUGUAUACCAAAUCAGGCAAUUUUUCUG